AUGAGAGCCAUGUCAAAAAUAUUAAUUAUGCUGUCCGUUACCCCUCUUCCGCCUUUGCUUUGGCGGUCUGCAUUGCAUUUUGUACCAGCUUUCUUCUUCUUCCUUCUUCCUUCUUCCAUCUCCAAUCCUUCCUUUCUGACACAAUUCACAAUGCAAAUCAGAUGCAACUGACCUCUCUCCUAUUAAACAAUUGAUGCAGAGAUCUCCAAGAAUCUUUCCUCUCUUUAAUGCCUACUACUCAAACUGCACAGAAAACAAUCACACAUUCAUCAUCCUCUCUCUCAUUCAAAUCAAAAUGGUAGUAAUCACUCAAAUUCUUUAAUCUUUUCAACUCAGCUAUCACUGUAUCCAUUCUCUUCUUCUGAUUCACACCAUUGUGGUGUUGGUGUUAGUAACCGUCUUUUUACUCUCUAGACUUGCUGUUUUCUGUUGGAUCUGGUGAUUUUCUUCCUUUAUAAUAAUGUCGUUGUCUUCCUAUACACUCUAUUUCCACGGAGAAGCUCAGACAUGACCAAAGCACUUGUUUGCUUUCAUGACUUAGGGUUUUUGUUUCAGAUGGGCUGUGGUGGUUCUAAAGUAGACGAAUUGGCGCUUGUGGUACGUUGCAGAGAGAGAAAGCAACUAAUUAGGGCUGCUGCAGACCAUCGUUACGCUCUCGCUGCUGCUCACAUUUCUUAUUUCAAGUCACUUGAAGGCGUAGGAGAUGCACUUCGCCAAUUCGUACAAGAAGAACUUGUUAUUGUUUCUCCUCCACCUUCGCCGGUGCUCACAUUGCCCUCUGAUGAAGGAAAGCCGAAGAAACGGCAUGUAAAUAGCACUAGUAGAGGUAAUCACAAAUCUACAUCGUCGCCAACUUCAUUGUCCCAUACAGAUUCUGGUUCGAUCUCGCAUCUUCAUUCACUUGGCGAUCAUGAUCAUGAUCAUGAUCAUGAUCACGAUCACGAUGAUUCGCACAUCCAUUCGUCCGAUUCUGAUUCAGAGUUGAGUUCCCCGUCAGGUCAAUAUCGCCAUCAUCCACCACCGGAAGAAUCAAUGCCUCCCUUCACCGAGGGGUUUCCUCAAACAGCUUGGGGACCGUACGGGAUGAAUUCGCUACCUUCAGGUUAUCCACCUUUCGGCAUGAAUCCGAUUCCAAAUCCAAAUCCAUCUUCUUCUUGGAGCCCGUUUGGGAUGAGUCCUUAUCCGACCCCAGAAUCAGGUUGGGAUCCUUAUGGCUACGGAAUGAAUUCAAUUUCGCAGGCAUAUCACAUGAAGAAAUCUGCACCUUCUGUUCAGACAGUAAUAUAUGAUCCAGACAACGCUCAAGAAUCUGGGAAGGUACCUGAAUCAUCCUCAUACAUAUACUCAACUUCAUAUACGAGUAAUCCAUAUCAAAACAGUGGAGGAUACUUUGGAUUCCCAAUGGGGGCACCGCCUCCUGGACCUUAUGAGAAUAAGCAGCCAAGUCAUCCUCCACCUGAGCCACCUCCACCUCCUUCCCCACAAGUCUCUUCUUGGGACUAUUUCAAUCCAUUUAAUAUGUUUGAUAAUAAUGGCUAUGCUGGAUAUUAUUCUCAAAACAUUAAAUUAGAGUUUGAUUCAAUUGCUAGUAGUUCUGACACCAAUGAAGUGAGAGAAAGGGAAGGAAUCCCUGAAUUGGAAGAUGAAACAGAACCUGAGGCAAUAAAAGAAGAGGUCCUCAAGGCAAAGAAAGUGUAUGAAGAUGUGAGGAGAAGUUCAGGCGAGGGUACUUCUAGAUCAGUUAAAUCUAGGAAAAAGGGUAGUGAGAGCAGUUCAAAAACAUUCUCUUCAAAAAAAAAACAUAGCAGUGAGGACAGUCCAAGGAGAGCUACAUUUCAUAAAGAGAAUAGUGAAGAGGGUAAUAAUAAACAAAGCACCAGCAAUAAUGGUAAAGGUUCAACCAAUGGUUUUCCUUCGCAAACGAGUGAGGAGAUCUCUGUUGAACCGACAUCACUAUACAGCGAGAAGACAAAAUCCGCCAGUUUGAACGAGGGGAAAAGCAGCCUCGAUACCACUUUGUCCGAGAGAUCUGAGGAUGUUUCUGCAAAGAGAAAAAACGUGACAUUUGAGAUGGGUUCUGAUGGAAUGCAAGAUGUUGAAUCGUCUAAUUUUAGCAGCUUGACCACGGUAUAUGCACAUGGCACAAGAGACCUUAAUGAUGUUGUUGAGGAAAUUGAGAAAGAAUUUAAAACUGCUUCCACUUAUGGAAUGGAGGUUGCUUCAAUGUUGGAAGUGGGCAAGUUGCCCUAUCAACCAAAGUUCUCUUUAUUGAAAGUGGUGUUAUCUAGAAUUAUGUAUUUGAUAGCGCCUACGGUUUCGUAUUCAACCCCUCCAUCCAGGCGAUCACUAACUUUAGACUUCAACACAACAAAACUAGCAAAAUCUUACCUCGCAGAUGCAGGGAACAUGAAGACUCUAAACUUCUCUUCUACUUUGGAUAAGCUGUAUGCAUGGGAGAAGAAACUCUACAAAGAAGUUAAGGAUGAAGAGAGGCUGCGACUGAUUUAUGAGAAGCAAUGCAAAAGAUUGAAAUUGUUAGAUGAACGAGGAGCUGAGAGCAGCAAGAUUGAUGCUACACAAGCUUCAAUUAGGAAGUUGUUGAUGAAACUAGAUGUUUGCAUCACAGCUGUUGAUUCUAUAUCAAGACGGAUUCAUAAGUUGAGAGAUGAGGAGUUGCAGCCUCAAGUCACCGAAUUAGUUCGCGGGUUGAUAAGAAUGUGGAGGGAUAUGUUAAAGUGUCACCAGAAGCAAUUUCAAGCAAUAAUGGAGAGUAAAAUAAGAAGAUUAAGAGCAGCAAACACAAUAAGAAGAGAAUCAAGUUUAAAAGCCACCAUAGAACUCGAAUUCGAGCUUCGAACAUGGUGUAACAACUUCCGCGAUUGGAUGAACAACCAACGAUCAUUCAUCGAGUCCCUAAAUGGAUGGCUAACAAAAUGCCUACACUACGUGCCCGAACAAUCAUCAGAUGGAAUAGUCCCUUUCUCUCCGGGUCGGGUAGGCGCCCCGCCCGCUUUCAUCGUUUGCAACGAUUGGUUCGAAGCAAUGGAAACCAUUUCCGAGGAAGGAGUCAAAGACGCGGUGGAGAAAUUCGCUUCGAUUCUGCGACAGUUAUGGGAGAAUCAGGAAGAGGAAAAUAGGCAGCAGCAGCAGCAAGAGUUGAAGGCAUACAUUUCUUCUUCAAAGGACUUAGAGAAACGGGUCAAGUCGCUUGGAACGGAUAGCGGGUCUGGUAAGACGGGCGGGUCGUCUAUGGUGGAUUUGGAUGAUUUGAAAGUGGAUUUGGAUUUGAUGAGAAAGAGAUUGCAGGAAGAGAGAGCAAGUCAGAAGAAGAAUGGUUCUUGUUUUAUGUCAGAUUCUAAUAGUAUACAGGGCAGUUUGAUUCCUAUUUUUGAAGCUUUGGGUAAUUUUACAUCUCAAGCAUUAAAAGCUUAUGAGAAUGUUAGGACACCCAAUAAUAUGCUUAAAUAGAAGAAGAAGAAGAAUAUCUUGUUGGGUAAAAAAGAAAAGUUUGUAUAACAGUUAUAGAGAAAGCUACAAUAAUUGUUUUAUUAUUGAAAUCUUAGGUGGAGCAACUAUAUAUU